UACUGGCGACACAGUGAACGUUCGACCGUUCAAGACACCAAAAUGAGACUGCUCCUCCUCCUUCUUGCCAUCCUGCCGCUGGCCAUGGCCGCGCCUAAGUCGUCGGCCACGGGCCGCUUGGCCAUUCGCUACGACUUCUUCAAGGUCUACAGUUUGUUCAUUGAGAACGAAGAGCAGAUGGAAGAGUUGAAGAAAAUCAACGAGGAAAUUUCCGUGCAUUUCCUCAACGAGCUGGCUGGUCCUGGUAAUAGUUACAACAUCAUUGUGGGUCCCCUGCUCCAGAAGUACGUUGAGAAUACCCUGGAAUACUUGGAGAUUGUCUAUAAGGUGAUUGUCGACGAUCUGCAGAAAUUGCUGGAUAAGUCAGCUGUGGAUAAGGACUCUGAGAUGGAGUGGGAGUCGUAUCACACACUGGACACGAUCUACGACUGGGUGGACAAGGAGUGCGCCGCCCACGACUACCUGGAGUGCAAGGUGAUUGGCCAGUCGUACGAGGGUCGCGACAUCAAGAGCAUCAGGCUGUCGAAGCGGGAGGGCAACAAGGCCAUCUUCCUAGAGGGCAACAUACACGCCAUGGAGUGGAUCUCCUCGGCCACCGUCACCUUCCUCCUCAACCAGCUGAUUAACUCCGACGACCCUGAGAUGCAGCGCCUGAGCGAGGAGUACGACUGGAUUGUGGUGCCCAUGGUCAACCCCGAUGGUUUCGUCUACACCCACGAGGUGGAGCGCCUGUGGCGCAAGAACCGCCGCCCCAAUGGCGCCACCAACUCCUCCGGCAUCUGCUACGGCAUCGACAUGAACCGCAACUUCGACUACCACUGGGGCGGUGCUGGCUGGAAUAUCGAUGAGCCCUGUGAUCACUGGUUCGGCGGCGACGAGCCCAACACCGAGAUCGAGAUCCUCUCCCUGCAGUCAUUUGUCAGCUCCUUCGACGACGGCUACAUCCGUUCCUACAUGGCCUUCCACGCCUACGGCCAGUACGUGCUCCUGCCCUACGGCCACAGCAACACCGAGUUCCCCCCCAACUACGAGCAGAUGAAGCGCAUUGCCGCCGCCUUCUCCGAUGCUGCGUCUGAGCCCUACGGCUCUGGCUUCACCUACGGCGCCAGCGGUCUGCUAAACUAUGUCGUCUCUGGAGCUGCCAAGGAUUGGGCCUACGGUGUCAAGAACAUCCCCUUCACCUGCACCGUGGAGCUGCGCGACAAGGGCACCUACGGCUUCUUCCUGCCCUCCAACCAGAUCACCGAGGUGGGCGUCGAGGUUACGGCUGGUCUGAUUGGCUUGGUCAACAAGGCAGCCGAGGAGGGUAUCUUUGAUUAAACAACACCAGUCCGGGCGAUGGAAAACCUCUGUGUGAAUAUACCGAUUUAUAUGUAGCUUCUGUAGAAAAUAAUAAAUAUAUUCAUUUAUAUUUA